GCGAAGAACGCUUCCAAGCACUCAGUGGGGAGGUAAACCGCAUCUGUGCUUGUUUCCUUCGUCCAGAAAACUAUCCCCGUGUAUUCUGCAUCGAUUUUCGACUCCCGCGAAAACCCAGGGAUGGGAACAGAGCGCCCCUUGUUCGCAGCCGCGUCUGUUGCUACCUUGGCGCGGUUCAGGGAGACCAGAACGGUACUGGUCUGUCUGUCUGUUUCCUAAUUGGUGCUACUUCUGUUCUCUGUUCAUUUCUUCAACCAGAGCAGCAGCUCUUCCAGUGCGUGUGGAAACUCGGACUCCGUAGCUCUUUCCACGGGGGAACCUCCCCAAUAGAUGACCGAUUUGCGGGGCGCCAGUGUAAUCCUCUAGUUGCACCCUGAUGUUGAGCAAGAAGGUAGUUCCCUUCUUCAACCCGCGAAGACAACGUUACUGUUUUUGCUUCCUCUCUGCACACCUGUGAACAUAAUCUCUGGAGCCGCCCCUAUUUUUUGGUGCACGUGGCAAGGCAUUUCCUCCGAGGCAAAGUUGUCGUGCAAACUGUCUGUUUGCCCUACAGUGGACAACGAGACGGUCGAAUGUUGCUAGCCAGCCGUCAGCAGUGGCACUUCGGCAGUGGGGUACAUGGACCAGCACCUGCUUGUCUAAAUGUUUCCGCCUCUCUCUAUUUCAACGUCAGCUGCUGUUUCUCGGUCAAACCGAACCUGUGAUGCCACCCUUUUUUGUCUCCCGAGUCAUGCUGAUGUCCCUCUACAAGGAGUCUCAUCCACUCUUGCUUCAGUAGUCUAUCAGGAUGAAAAAGGCACCGCAUUCCGCCGUCACUGUUGUCCCAUAAUCGAUGUAAUUCUUUUUUCGAUGCGUGAUAUCUUUUCCAUCCCACACUUGGAUCAGUUUGUAGGUCGUUUCUUCCGAUUGCAGCAUGCGUUGUUUUGCUCGUGUCUAUCCGCUAGUGCAGAUGUGCGUGUCGGUGCGAUACCUAGUCAGUUGUGGGGAUACGUCUGUGCCAUCCCUUGGCGGAAACGACCAGUUUCCUUAAUCGGCAGAAGUAGUCCUUUUCCCGCUUUUCCUGCGCAUCCACAGAUUCCUUCAGGGAUCAGGACGCUUUGUGUUUUUUCUUGGAGCCGGAUCGCGCUCAGGUGUUGUCUGUCAAUGCUCUUCCGUUGUACAGUUCCAAUUCGGACCAGCAAGGUCGGGGGCAUAGCUUCCGGAUUUUUUUGCCGUCGGGUGCUGUUGAUGUUAAAUUCCAGAAAUGCCGUUCUCCCCCACCAAGUUUAGACUGUGUUUUUCCUUUUCUCGGCACCCUUUGAUUUCUUGGUGACCUCCUGCCGAUCGCUCCGGUUACAUGUGGCAUCUCGCUCUCGGGAGCAGCGUCUUGCCUCAGGUGUUUCUAAAGUUUUUGCCAAUCGGCACUGCUCUGACUCGUCUCCCUUUGGGGCGUGUUUCGUCAUCUCCGCGAGGCUCUUCUUCUCGGGCUUGCUCCCUUCUCUCCUCGUCCGGCUGCGGAGAUGGCGUAUCUGGACUUGCCGGUCGCGUACAGUCUCUUGUACUCGACAGUGGCGUUCUUUGCUCUGGUUGUCUUCGUCUUGGAAGGUCGCCUCAAGGGGCGUUUCCUCGCGACUGUGAAGGAGAGUCUUUUCCACCCGAGCGAGGACCUGCUGUCGUCUCGCGGCAAGCAUGGGUGGUUCCCGCUGUGCAUCUCUCUCGUCGCGUCCUUUAUGGGCAACUGGGUCCUCUAUUUGCCUCCAGAUGUUGGUGCUCAGUACGGCUGGCCAGGAAUCACUGGGUACGCGUUUGCAUGCGGACUGCCCUACGUGCUGCUUCUGUGGUUUGCGCCGCAUGUCAAGCGCUUGACGCUGACGGACGGUUUUUCCGGAACUGACUAUCUGCUUUCGCGCUACGGCCGACUGGUCCAGGCUGCCGCCACCACGAUUUCGCUUCUCUAUAUGUUUUUCGCGCUCUCUGGUGAGCUGACGACCGUCGGCGUGACGAUGAACGCCGUUACGAAUGGCGCGUUUCCAGUCUUUGCGGGUGUGAUCCCCGUGGCGGUCGUGACGCUCGCGUACACUACGUACGGGGGCUUGCGUGCGUCGAUUUUGACGGACGUUUACCAAGGUCUCCUCGUCGUCGGCCUCGUCGUGCCGCUACUCAUCAUCGUCUUUUCGACUGCGCGCGACAACAUGUUUGUCGACAACGCCGCGACAGUAGCGGCGCCCUCGGGGUACAGCCAGUACAUCGCGGGCGGAGUGUUUCUGUUUUCCAUCUGGCCAAGUUUUCUCCUCGACCAAGGCAUUUGGCAGCGCGUCUGGGCCGCACGGUCUCUCACUGACAUCCGCAUCGCGUUCGCGGGCGCCGCGUUUGUCGCAUUCUCCUGCGUUUUCCUAUUUGGGAUGGUCGGAAUUGCCUGCAGAGACCAGGCCUUGUCUCAGGCGAUGCAGCGGCAAGAAGAAAAUGUGAGCAUUUUUGGGUACCUUGCGGAGACGCUGCCCGCCGGCUGGGUCGGUGUCUUGACUGUGCUCGCCAUCACGUGUGUCGCGUCCUCGGCUGACACGUACCAGACGGCGCUCGCGGUGGUCUUUGCACAAGAUUUACUUCGAAGCAAACGUUCAUUCAACUGGGCUCGCGUCCUCAUUGUGCUUCUGAACAUCCCCGCGAUCCUCGUCGCCUCGCUUCAGCUCGACCUCCUCACGCUGAACAUGACCGCGAACGUAUUGUGCGUCGUCGCGGCGGGACCGCUGCUCGCCAGCGUACAUGAAGACACGAAUUCCGUGGGGAUGGUUCUCGGCUUUUGCAUCUCGCUGCUCGCGUUCUUCACCUGCGGAUGGAUUUCGACCGGAGAGUUCAUGCAAGGCCUCGCCUUCAUCGCGCCAGUCGACUUUUCCGACACGCCGUACCUCGUUGCGUUCGUCGUCGUCCCGGUCCUGGGCGCCGUGACAGCCAUCACCACGAGCUGCGUGUACACCUGCAUACGCCACCGCUUUUUCCCGGGAGGCUCUUGCGGACUCAACGCCGCUUCCGUGGGUGUGGAACAGACGGGAAUGCCGACUGACGCGAGGCGGGAGGCUUCGAAGUCGCUCUCGCCUACGCAGCAGCAACAAGUCGAACUCGAACCCCCAGCCGCCCGGGCAGAAUAGACGGACUUCCGGAACUGGAAGGGAAGUAUACGGCAGUAGGACGAAAACAGGUGCCAAAAGAAGCUCUCUUUCCUGCUAGGCUGGCGCUGCGUUUUACCGAACAAACGCAAAUACUGGCAGAGGCAUGCAGAUUCUCCCCUUGUGGGUUGGGUCGGGGUCUGUGCAUGGAUGAAUCUGGGCACACCGACUUGUCUGCAUAUCGGAUGUCAGUUGUACAAAGCAUGCACACCCGCUGUGUGACAUAAGCAAACCGGAGCAUUUUAAUUUGAUUUCAGGUGUACCUUGGGCCAUUUUUUUCCUCAAUCCGUUCAACCGUGUUCAAUCAACGGGGAGUGGAUUGGUGCUUCUCGCGUUCGGCUAAAACGAUCGGAGAGUGUGUGACCUCAUUUUUGCUCAUUCUAUGUGCUCGAGGAAACUGCUGGACAUUCGAAGGGUUUUUAAAAUUGACCGUCG